GGGAUGGCACCGCAGCUUGGGCUCAAGAUCCCUCAGCCGCCCUUUGCUGGGCCAGUUGAGAGUUUGUCAUGGCGACGCAGGCGGAGGAGGAGGUGCCGUUUCUGUCGCGCCUGGAGCUCCCAGGUCUCUGGGAGCCUCCAGAGGUGCUGGACCUACUGCGGGAGCAGCGCUUCAAGGCAGCGGAGGACCUCGUGAGAAGCGGCGAGGUGCCCAUCAAGGGCCUGCUGCACGCGGCCUUUUUUUUUGGCUGUGCUUCACGCCGGGACCUGGAGAUCCUCUUCGCGGCUGCGGAGAAGCAGGGCGAGCGCCUGGAGGACGCCGACCUGGAGGCGGCGUGCCUGGGGUCCUCCCCAGCCGCUGUGGAGCUCUUGCUGCGCAAGGGCCUCGCGUCCAGCCAGGAGGCCCUGCACUGCGCCAUGCGGGCGCCGUGCGGGCAUGACCAGGUGGCCGAAAGGGCUAUGCAGAUGGCACAGCUGUUGCUGGAUGCGCGCGCUACAGUGGAUGGCCAUGGCACUGUGGAGGAGAGCCCUUUAGUCACUGCUUGCGGCUCCGUGGCAAGCUUCAGCGGUCAGCACUUUUCCCCAGUGGUCCAGUGGUUGCUGGACAAAAAUGCCGACCCCUGCGGCGCGGGCGGCGCCCGCGCGCCCGUGCAUGCGCUCUGCGCGGGUUUCGCUGGGACGAGCCAGGUGCAGCAAUUGCUACGAGAUCUGCUGGCCCAAAGAGCUGAUGUGAACCAGCGGGACUUCUUCGGCAGCACCCCUUUGCACUAUGCCAUCGAGGGCCACGUGGACUUCCUCCUGGCCAAGGAGCUGGUGGCCAUGAAAGCGGACAUCUCUUUAGCGAGCCCGGAUGGCACUGUCUGCGAUCUGCUGAAGAAGGGGUGUUCGUACCAUGGGCACCUGAGGGCGGCAGAGCUGGAGGGCCGAGAGCUGACCCCGGAGGAGGUCGCCGAGUUGCAAAAAGCGGCUGGGCAUCCCGUGGCGAAGCAGCUGGAAGCCUGCACUCGCGGCAUAUCCUGGCUUAUCAGAAGCCCAGCAGAGGGCAACGUGCGGUUGAUUGACAACCUCGACGACGACGACGAUGAUGCGAGGAUUUGCCCUGAGGUGAACGAGCUGUUGUGCGACAAACUGGGCUGCGUUCCAAAUCUUGUUGUUCUCUCACUUCCCUUGACCCGAUAUUCCGAGAUGGUGGAGGAUGUGGAAUUUAUUGUGACGGAGAAACUUACGAUUCGCCAACUGCUUGGCCUGGUCUAUGACUACUAUCAGGAUCCGCUGGACAUGGGGCAGGUGCGGCGGAUCCGACGGCUCCGGCGAAUGGGUCUGCUGGGGGAUACCUUUGGCUACCUUCGGCGGAAUAUCCCGGAGGGGGAGCCGGCCAAGGAGCCUCAGGUGCCAAGGAUUGACUUGCGCGGGGACAGCAUUUUCUUCGAAGGAUUUCGCAACUGCACAUACCUGGAGGAAAAGAAAGUCCUGUAUGGCAGAAUGGGUUUGGGAUCGUAGCUGCUAUGCUUUGGCAGGUAGAUGCAACCUAUGCACGCAGAGGCUCCUGGAGCUUUCAAUGGAAGACCCGACCCCUCCAUUAGACACCCCGGAGGUGGGUGGGGGUCUCAAAACCAGGUUGUUUGAAGGCCCUAAAUCAAUCGGAGCCCUUUUGGCAGCGAACAUCGACUUUGCACUACGAUGAACGUUUGCAAUUUUUGUGUGGAAUGGUUCUUAGAGAUGUGCCUGUGGCUGGGCCUGUGCUGUGGGCAAACCGCGCACGUUUUUUGGCCAGUGCUUCAGAUGGGUGCAUCCAUGUGGCAACUUUGUGGGUGUUCAAAAUCCUGCA